ACAGGCAUCACUGUGCGAUUUCGGUACAGCACCCGCAUCCUGUUUGUCAUGCGAUGAAAUAUUGAGAUUAUUUUAUACUGAUUUUCUGAAAAUGGCCAAAAGAAAUCUAAAGGAGAUAUUUGAGAAGAGCAAAAAAGUAAUACCGCCUGCUUGGACCAUGGAAGAAACCUUCAAAGAUGUGCACCUCGUGCUUGGGCAGGUUGUGGAGUUUCCAAAAGAAAACGAGGCGAAAGUCCGUGUGAUUAAAAAUGCGUUUGACCGCAACCUUCACAUGUACUUCAAGAAAAGGAAAGACUAUCAUGCUGCCCUAAAUCUCCAGGAUCACACCAUUAAAAUUGGCGAUGUUGUACUUAUACGGCAGCUGUCAGAACGUAUUACAUUGGACGUGACACACAUUGUGGAAAAGGUUGUUUAUCCUCUCGGGGCGGUGACCGACCCAAUAACUGGGAAGCCUGUUGCGGCAGGCAGAUUUAAGGAGCACCAGGAAGAAAUCAGUUUGAUAUCAAUUGGGGAUAAACUAUCUAGGGCUGCUAUGGAUGGAUUAUCUAAAGAAGCAAACAGAAAGAUUAACAGUGACUCAUCAAAUACAGCAUUGGAUCAUAGCACAACAACAAAGGUCAGCUAACAACGAUUUUCAAGCCAUUCAAGGGAACCAUUGCACCCCAAACAGUGUGUACAUUAGAGGCCUGAUCAGUUACACCGCCAUACGGUCGGCCACAUGUAAAUUUAUGCAUUGCACAGUAAAUGUUACUAAGAGCUGCUGCAGAGAUGAGAACUGGGAAUUUUUGUGUUUCUGUACUGGGUCAUGGCACAGAGGUAAUAGCUCUGUGAGAGUAAAAUCUUCAUAUAUUGUUGUCACAAAAAGAUUUUUCUGCACACUGCACGAAUUCUAAAAACUUUGCAUGCCAGUUUCGUCUAGUCAUUCUUACUGGUAUAGGGGCUUGGUUCGAUUCUCAAGUCCUCAGUUGGCAUUGUUUCAUAUUCUUGAUAGCAUGAAUCUGGUAAAUAUACUAAAUAUGUAAUGUACAGUUUAACAUGUUAACAGAUACAAGUUAAAUGUUGUAAUAUACAGCUGUUGUGCAACUGAUUGUGCUUUUGUCAGAUCCUGAACACAAGAAAUGAAUGCUCAAGUACCAGUGUUCGUCAUUAUUAUUGCAAUUUUUAUACAUACCAGACUCCCUAAGUAUUAAGGUGUACCGUGUAACAUGACCCCAGCUUUCACAAUUAUUAAAGAAUUACAGUGAGUACA